AUGUCGGCCGCGGGGAAGGCGAAGGCAAGCGGCGGCAAGCGGGGCGGGGCCAAGGACCCCGACGAGGCGCCCCGGUCCGACAAGAGGCGGCGCGACAUGGACGAUUCCGACCCCGAGCUCGAGCUCGACAGCGACUUCAAGCAGAUCGUGACGAUGCUGCGCCACAUCAAGGACAAGGCUCACAAGGACGGCCAGAAGAAGACCGAGCAGGCCAUCUCCAGCGUUGCAACAGAGAUUCAAUCUAUGGUACAGGACACCAAGACAAAGUUUGAGAAGGAAAGCAGGCAGAAUGUUCUUAAAGCUCUAACGAAGGCUUCCAAAGAGUGUGAAGGUUCAUUGAAGACCGAGUACACAAAGUUUCAAGCCACUCAUGACAAGUUCUCCAAAGACAAGGCUGCACACGUACAGAAUUUCAAAGAUCUUUUCUCAAAGUUUGAAGUUGAAAAGGAGAAACUGAUAGUUCAGUAUGAACUGCAAAGGAAGAAGGAAAAGACCACUCUUGCUGAUCUUGAGAAAACAGUGUCGGAGAAGAUAACAGAUGCAGAAGAAUCUCUGAAGAAGUUGAAGCAGGGUGACAAAUCCAUCAUCAAGCUUCGCAAGUCCUUUGCCUCGUUCCUGAGCCCCGACGACGAGGAGGACUGA